AUGGAUAUCACCAGCUACCUCGUCCUUCAUACCUCCUACUACACGGCUAGCCAGAUGAAAGCGUAUAAAAGCCUGGAAGCUUUCAACUACUUCGUGUGUGGAUGGGUGAAUGACCUCGGCACCAAAGAGGCAUUAAACAAAUGUCGCCUUGUUUUUGCCCGGGUUAACCAUUCCCAGAGGUCUGGAGAAACACCAUUAAAAACGUGGAUUGUAGCUAAAGAAGAUGGAGAGGUUGUUACAGCACACUGUAACUGUAUGGCUGGUUUGUCAGAAUCCUGCUCACAUGUUGGAGCAGUUCUGUUUGCAAUCGAAGCAGGUGUGAAGAUGAGAGAGACUGCAUCCUGCACCACUGAGAAGUGCAAGUGGCUAAUGCCAUCACAUGUCAAAAAGAUUCCUGCUGCUCCAGUUGCGAUGAUAGACUUUUCAUCCGCAAAAUCCAAAAAGCAAAAACUGGAUGAUGCCAUUGCUGGAAGGACAGAGUUGCAGAAUGCAUGCCAGGACUUCAGACAGGAAGAGCUGACACAGCCACAGGUCCAGGCAGUAGAGGAGGAGACCAGAAACCAGAGCUUAUCAGCAAUAUGGUUUAGCCAAAGAGCAGGAAGGAUCACAGCCUCAAGACUGAAACAGGUUCUACAGACUAGUCUUGCACAGCCAUCAAAGUCCUUGAUCAAGUCCAUAUGCUACCCAGAGGCAUACAAGUUCUCUACAGCUGCAACAAGUAUGAAGGAGUACAAAGUCUGCACCACCAGGGUUUCAGCUGUAAAGACAGCGGGCUUUGGCUGA